CGCGAUAUAUUGGUAGCAAAGUCAAACUCACACGUUUGGUGUAUGGAGGGUACAAAGUGUUCUUCAGUUCUUCAUGUGUAGUACCUGGAAUAUCUUUGAUCAAAAUACCUGAGAGACUCUAGUGUAAAUUGCUAAUUUUAUAGUACUAAACAAUCAAUAUUAGUAAAAUGGAAAUUGGUAAAGAUCCUCAAGUUAUUGUCCUUUAUGAUGGUUAUUCAAAAGACGAAGGUACUUCUAUGCUCGCUAAUUGUACUUGUACUUUAAUAAAAGGUCGGACAAACAUAGUAAUAGAUACAAUGACCUCUUGGGAUGGAGACAGACUUACAGAAGCAUUAUACAAGAAUGGAAUAAAUUGCAAUCAAAUAGAGUUUGUAAUAUGUACUCAUGGGCAUUCUGAUCACAUUGGAUGCAACUAUUUGUUUCCCAAAGCAGUUCACAUUGUAGGUUUUUGUAUUUCUCAACAAUAUACAUAUUUUUAUCAUGAUUUUCAAUCAGGAAAAGAAUAUGUUAUUAAUGACAAGGUGAAAGUUGUUCCUACACCAGGGCACACUCUACAAGAUGUUUCUGUAAUUGUCGAGACUGAUGAUGGCGUAGUGGCCAUUACUGGUGAUUUGUUUGAAAAAGAAGAAGACUUGCGUGAUGACAGUAUAUGGAAGUCUGCAGGAAGUGAUUCACAGGAAUUGCAAAUAAUUAAUAGAAAGAAAAUUUUGGAUAUUGCAGAUUACAUUGUUCCAGGGCAUGGCCCAAUGUUUAAAGUGCAUAAGUAGUUUUCUCAUAUUUAUACUAAUAAAAUUGAACUGGAUUUCUC